CAGACCACACAGUCAUUACUUUGCAGUAGUAAAGAGUACUUUCGAAAAGACCUAAAGAUGAAUAUCCAAAGUUUGUGUCCGUAUGGAAUGAAGAGCAUAAUGGAGUGUAUUUCCAGGGCGACACUUCUCUCACAACCUACCGACAUCCCCGGCUUUUUACUGCAGUAUUUGUCAGAGCUGAUCAGUUUUAGAGAAUCGUUCCCUGAAGAUGAUCCUAAGAUUGUUACCUUCUGCUACCAAGAGAUGUGGGAGAAUAAGUUCCUGAAAACAACAGUGAAUCCAAUCACCACCACCAAGACGUCACCAGAAGUUCCAUCUCAGACUGAGCUAAAGGAGGCCCUGAAGACACUCUACUCAGAUUUGGUGUCUUCUGGUGAACAAAAAAAGUUGAACCCAUUAGGAAAAGACAAAUAUCCCUCUGCAACUCCCACAUUCGUAAAACCAGCACCACCUCACUGUGUUGGAAGAAAGGUUGGAAAGAAUGUAGCACCACCUGUCCUUGUUGUUAAGGGAGAAGAGAAGCCUGCACCACCUCCCUGUGUUGAAAGAAAGUUUGGGAAGAAUGUAGCACCACCUGUCCUUGUUAAAGGAGAAGAGAAGCCUGCACCACCUCCCUGUGUUGAAAGAAAGUUUGGGAAGAAUGUAGCACCACCUGUCCUUGUUAAAGGAGAAGAGAAGCCUGUACCACCUCCCUGUGUUGAAAGAAAGUUUUGGAAGAAUGUAGCACCACCUGUCCUUGUUAAAGGAGAAGAGAAGCCUGUACCACCUCCCUGUGUUGAAAGAAAGUUUGGGAAGAAUGUUGCCCCACCUGUCCUUGUUGUUAAGGGAGAAGAUAAUCCUGCACCACUUCCCUGUGUUGAAAGAAAGUUUGGGAAGAAAGUAGCACCACCUGUCCUUGUUGUUAAGGGAGAAGAGAAGCCUGCACCACCUCCCUGUGUUGAAAGAAAGUUUGGGAAGAAUGUAGCACCACCUGUCCUUGUUGUUAAGGGAGAAGAUAAUCCUGCACCACUUCCCUGUGUUGAAAGAAAGUUUGGGAAGAAAGUAGCACCACCUGUCCUUGUUGUUAAGGGAGAAGAGAAGCCUGCACCACCUCCCUGUGUUAAAAGAAAGUUUGGGAAGAAUGUAGCACCACCUGUCCUUGUUGUAAAGGGAGAAGAGAAGCCUGCACCACCUCCCUGUGUUAAAAGAAAGUUUGGGAAGAAUGUAGCACCCCCUGUCCUUGUUGUUAAGGGAGAAGAGAAGCCUGCACCACCUCCCUGUGUUAAAAGAAAGUUUGGGAAGAAUGUAGCACCCCCUGUCCUUGUUGUUAAGGGAGAAGAGAAGCCUGCACCACCUCCCCGCAAUAUCAACAUGAAAACACGUAGAGUGUCCAUAUCUAGAGUUCCUAGUCCACCGCAGAGUGAAGCAACCACUGAUGAUAUCAUGAAGACGCCAGGAACACUAGAACUCAAAACAAUUCAUAAAAAAUCACCUACGCCUAAAGCUUCAACAUCCAGUGCCACCAGUGACCCCUCCAAACUUCCCAAUAUCCCAAUAUCAAAACUGACACAAAGUCUUGUUAUUCCAUCGAAGAAAACCAUAGGUUCCCUCUCACUUGAGAACAGGGAGGUGGUGCCAGAACGUAGAGCACUGGGGCCAUUAAAACGAGCACCAAAACUUGAAGCAGGCAGAGUACCAAACACAGAGAGAGCCAAGAUAAGACCUACAACACCAAAGUUCCAGCAGCCAGAGGAGUGGAAUCUGUCAAACAGAUUACCAGAGAAGAAGAGGAUUCUGUGGACAAACAGAGAGAAAGUAAAGCCAGUAGCGGAGCGGAAAGUUCAGGGUGCAGCCUUCACUAGACUAGCUUCUGUAGUAGUGAGCACAAACAAAUGUAAUCUGGCACCUACCCACACUUGCCCUCAUUUAGCUCCUGCUUGCAUCAUAAGAUACAAGCGUAUGCAGAUAAGAGCCUUACCUUUCGGCCACAAUAGUCCUCAUUAAAUUCACAUCACUAUGGAUUAUAAUUAAGACUACUACAUAGGGAUGUUAAUAAUUAACCAUUUAACCGUUAACCAACAAUAAGCAUUUGGAUCAAUAUUUGGUACAAAAAUAAUAAUUAUUAAAAGUAAUUUAAAGAAUUAUUUUCCUUUGCAUGGUAAAAGAAAAAUAGGCUAUGCAUCCUAUUUCUGCCAGUUUACUUGCUAGUGCAAACUGUGAUGUGUCAACGACAAUGCAUGUAACAUUGGGGCUGCACGACUAGUAGGCUACAAGUCUGCAGUUGUGCGUGGACGCUGAACACGGAAAGUAUAUCUGAGGGCGUUUUCACACCUGUAGUUCGUUUGCUUUGGUCCGAAUCAGUUGGUGAGUUAGUA